UUAUUAUUAUUAUUAUUAUUAUUAUUACUAUUAUUAUUAUUAUUAUAGCCGACACGUGCUCCCUCCGAUAUCUCAGUACAUUCCCCUAUGGUCAAGGUCGUCGCGACUAUCCACGCCGUACCGCCAUAAUCUCCAGUCUGCCGACGUAUAUAUGUCAUGAAAAGGUAAAGUUUAAAGUCAGUCUGUUAGUUGACAGGGUUUAAAAAACAUGUCAUUGAGAGAUAGUGACGAUAUAUACGUAUACCUAUCUUCUCUUGCAGGUGGUAGGUCAUUUCCCAACAACACAACAACAGAAUUUGAAAACAGAAUCUUACCCAUUCAUUUAGACACCGGCAGGGAUUAUGAAGUCGGCCUGUGUAAUAUUUUAUUCCCUAAAUAUUUCUACUGCAUUGCGGAAGGGGAUCCAAAUUCCAGUAUAUCGUUCUAUGGUCGGGUUAAGCAGUCAGACUUUGAUAUGUAUGAAUAUAAUAUGUAUACCUAUCUACCGGAAAGGAAUAUCAUCUCCAAUUUUACCGAUAAGAACAUACCGGCCAUAACUAAGGCAAUUAAUGGACAGAUAGUGAGAGAACUUCAAGCAAUCUUGAAUGACUCCUUUAAGAUCUAUUUCCCUUACUCGGAUAUCAUUUAUUAUGACCGCGACUUGGAGCGGGUCGUUGUGAAUAACGCGAUUGUCCCUCCUAAUGACGAUCGUAUUUACAGUGAUAUAAGUAUAAAAUUUGCAUCGCAUAUAGCUCACAUUCUGGGUUUCAAUCCAAAUUUUCGCUACACCGUCUACUUUCAAAGAUCUGGCGACGGCAUUUCAUCUUCCGACGCCAGCGAAGCUUCCUCCUCAUCACCCAUAAAAUUAUUCGCUCAAUACGUACCGCGAGCUGAUGCAGGGACGGAUUAUAUGUACGUUUAUACCGACAUCAUUUCCCCCUCGCGAUUUGGCAACCAACUAGUUAAUAUAUUAGACGUCAUACCACUCCCCGGCGACAGCACCAGUAAAGGUGCGAAUUCAAUUACGUAUAAACCACUUUCUGCAUCAACUAUAGAGAGUGUGGCCAUCAAAAUUGCUAAUCAAAGAGGCAAACCUAUUCAGUUUGAAGAUGGGGAAAACAGUGUUACUUGCGUGUUACAUAUAAGACCACGUUAACUUUGCGUCUCGGACGUAAAAUUUUGAAGAGAAUCGAUCAAGGUGGGAUAAUGGGUGGAGUGGAGGAUAAUGAAACAGGCAGGUGUUGCCUACUUCCGAGUCAAGGCACGCGCCUCGCGACCAUCUGCGCGGGAAGCUUCAGUGUUUCCCCGCGCGGCAUGGCGGCCGGGACAAAGUGUUGACAAUGUUAUAGAAAAAAAAGAAAAGAAAAUGGGUGUUCACUGUGGAACAGCAGAGGCGCGGAUUUUAUGUGAAGUGUUUGGGAGAUGGCGCACUAAUCCAUCCUGCCCCUCAUGUGUGGAAGACCAGUGUGAUUUAUGCGAGCGGUGUGGACUUCUGUUUCCACAUUCACCGCCAGAACACACCUGCGAAGUUGGCAAUCCUGCUUCUUCUGGCUCACACUCGAUUGAGGUUGAGCAGAACGCCGGCGUAGAAGGCCCACGUCGGCGGACGUCACAAGGCGACAUCCCACGCGGAGGCGGGGGAAGAGACUCGCCACGGCCGGGACCGAGUGGAUUAUCGGGGAACGUAUUCAAUUCUUCCGAGACUUCAAGUCCUUCACUACCUACACAAGACACGCCACAAGCGGAGGCGGACCACGAUGAGCGCAGCAUGGCAGGAGAGUCGGCGGAUGCAGACCUUGACGAGCGCGGGAUGCCGGAAGAGCCGCGGUUAAUUGACUCGAGGGAAAAUUUUAUGAGGAGCUUCACCAGACAUCAAUAUGACAUACCUGAUCAUAACGCAUCUCUUUCCGCUUUGAUAUCUAUCUGGGCGAUGCUGGGGGUAAGCGAAGCCGUGCUGACCAUGAGGAUGUCAAUGUGGAGAAAAUGUCAGAACCUGCAAAGAAGAAAUUGAUCUUUAGUGAUGACGACAUGUCGCCACUGCCGGCCAGCCCACCUCCUGACGCUCCAUCAGGACAGGAGUCGCAACAGCAGCAGCCGACAUCGCAGUCGAUUCCGCCACCUCAGGAGUCGCUGAUGCCACCUCCGACCGAAGCACAGCCGCAACGGUCAGAUGAGUCGAAAGUAGGCGGCAAAG